AGCACAAGCUGAACUCAUCUGGGGUUAAUAAGCCAUGAACAUUUAGCGCCAUGCUGCCAGCUUGAUGCCCCACUUUAAGUGAAUUUAAACGUCUCUGAGUGAAAGGUGGUGAUAUAUGUGAGCGUCAAGCUGGCAAGAGGAAAAAACAAAGAGCGGAGGAGGGCGGAGACACUCCACCCGUCAGAGUGAAGGCUGAUUUGUUCAUUCCUGGGUUCUGCAAAGGAGAGAGGAGUCAGCAUCUGCAACUUCUGUCUCCGGAAGGAAAAGCAUCUGUUGAGAGGUCUGUGCUCACUGCCACAAGGCGCGCACUCUUCUCUGGGGGAGAAUUUAAUUUGCGCUUCGGAGUAUCUUGAUAUACUGUUACUGUUACCUCUUGUUUACCAAGGUUGGGGUUUUUUUUACGAGUUGGACGACCACACAAGGGAGCAGUCAGAGAGAAAAUUAUCACACAGACGAAAAGGGAGGACAAACAAGAAAGCAAAGGAGUGGAGAGAGGAGAGGUGACCUGGCCGAAGCAGGGACAUGUUUGGGAUGAUCAAGAACUCGCUGUUCGGACCCACCGAGGAGACGGAAUAUAAAAUGCUCAGCAGCGAGACGAAGGAUGGAGUUGGCUUUGAGGUGCGGCGGUAUGAUGGUGCCAAAUACGCUGUUGUCUCCUCUGAGGGACGAAGCUUUGACCAAGUGACAGGGGAGCUGGUGAGGAAGCUGCUCAUGUACAUCGGCGGGAGCAAUGAAGAAGGUGAAGCCAUGGGUACUACAGCUCCCAUCAUCAUCACAGUGUACCCACGGAAUGAUGGUGUUCUGUCUCGCCGUUUGGUGGUCGCCAUCCGCAUCCCCACCAGCUACCAGCAGAACCCCCCGACUCCCACCGACAGUGCCAUCAAAGUCGAGGAACGGCACGGCAUGACUGUCUACGCUCUGCAGUUUGGAGGCUUCGCAGCGGAGACGGAGUACCGAGCAGAGGCCUUGCGUUUGACGCGUACCCUGGGUGAGACGGCCCCCUUUCAGCGCAAGCAGUACUUCUGCUGUAGCUACGACCCACCACUCAAGCCUUACGGACGCCGCAAUGAGGUGUGGUUUCUACAGGAGGAGCCGUAGGAGCCAUUCGAUCAGAUCUGAGUCAAAUCUCAUGACGAGUCCUUUAUUCAAACUUAUUUACCCCUUUCAGUACCGACAAUCCUGUAGCUCUAACAGUUUUUGAUUGGUAAGAGCAAUAUGGUGACUUGAUAGACCUUUGAAACCCAAACGGACUGAUAGAGAUUACCCAUGUUGCCUUUACCCAUCUGAUCUUCUGCUUGUCACAGGUGCAGCUGCUACACUCAAGUUAGGCGUUCAAGCAAUGGGACAAUUUAGAACUCAGUGCAGCAUUUUCUCAUUUCAUUUUCCAAUUUAAAGUUGUAGCUCUGAAACAACACACGAUGAGAGUGAUUAAAGGCUUCUUGACAAAUAUAGUGUUAAGAAGUAAAAGUAGUUCUUGGAGUCCCACGUAAUACGUUUCAUACAAGGUUCGCAUCACUGCCAUCACUGCACUGUGACGGAGUUCAGUUCUCUACGCCAAGGGAAAAUAGAUUCUAAAGAAAUACCUUUAGAUCAACUGGUAUGCUACCGCCACUUGUUUACAGGUGUAAAACAGUAAGUUAUCUAAGUAACUGAGUGAAUAAUCUAAUAUAAUCUGUAUUUAAAUACAACUGAAUUACAUGUUUGUCCUAAACAUUUGUCAAUAAAGUCGCUGUAGAGCUCUCAUCUCCUUAAAGAACACACAUAUGGCUUUGCACACGUUUUUAUCUAGUUUACAAUUUAGUGACGGCUAUGGAGAAAUGUAUAAAAUUAACAUUAGUUACAUUGUAGUAAAAAGCACACUUCCUUUUCCCGAGUAAGGAACUGGAAAGAAACAGGAGUUGAGCCAUAAAGUAGAACUAGUCUUCAUGAAUUAAUGGGUGGACCGCUGUGACUGGAUUAGCUAGCUAGCUCUAAGUGUUGUUAUAAACUCUGUGAUAAUAUGUUGAUCCAGGAAGCAUGUGUGUAUAGUGAAUAUUUUGUGUUUUACUGCAUGACUAUGCCAUCUUUAUUUAUUCAGACUCUUGAAACUGUUAUGCGUUACAUCUGUACUGUGUGAUUUCCAGUGCUGAGUGAAUAUAAUGUUCAGGUUUCCUAGUGUUUCAGAACAUAAUAAAUAUAUUAUUCAGAAAGAGUGAA